UGAUCAUCUGUGACCAUUUGGCCUCUUUAACACAGCUUGACCAGAGAAUCGUAUCGUCCUCAGGUAUUCACAGGAGGCGAGCAUUAACUCUAGCCCACAGUUCAUGCCCUUCGUUCGCCCCCUCGCCCUCAACUUCGAGAACGCGUCAGAUCGAGGCUCAGACACCAAAUCAGACCGCACCAUGUUAGGUCAAGGCUUCGAUCUCAGACCACACCAGCCCAUGUUAGGUCAAGGCUCCGCUGAAGAUAGUUCAUCCCAGUUUAUAUCAUGUCGGGGUUCUGAUGCCAGCCAGAGCUUAGAGGAGGCAGUGGGGACCCUCAACUACCCUCCUGACGAGACCAGCGCCACUCAAUACUCGAUCAACUUUUCCAACUCCCCGUUCUCAGCCACAAUUUCUUCGCCGCUUCCUUGGACACCUUGGUCUGGCGGGAGGAAUACCUCGUCCCGGCCAACCACUCCUGAAGACAUAAGGGCCCUUGAGAAGACCCUCCGUAAACAGAAGCGCAUAGCCUGGUGCUUCGUAGUAUCAGCGCUGAUCCUGCUGGUGGUCACUGCGGCCACUGUCCUCGCCCUAGAGAUACCAGCACUCAAGAACAAGGAACCUGUCGACCCUCUCCCACAUGUCAGUAGAGUUAUUAUGGAUACCGUGUCUGAGAUGGUCAUGGAAACAACUGUGGGGACGAAAUCUUCCGCCGCCUCUUCCUCUUCCUCUUCCACGCCAGCCAGCACGGGGCCUUCCGUCUCCUCCUCCACCCCAGCCACGACUGUAUCUUCUCUCUCCUUCUCCUCCUCUCCCACUCCAGCCGCGAUAGAACCUUCUGUCUCCUCCUCCUCCACUUCAGCCGGGAUAGAACCUUCUGUCUCCUCCUCCUCUUCCACUCCGGCCGCGAUAGAACCUUCUGUCUCCUCCUCCUCUUCCACUCCACCCGGGAUAGAACCGUCCGUCUCCUCCUCCUCCACUUCAGCCUGGAUAGAACCUUCCGUUUCCUCCUCCUCCACUCCAGCCAGGACAACUUCUGUCUCUUCCUCCCCCGCCAUAAGCGAGAGGAAGUCUCCUGUCCCAGGCGGCGCUAUGGUAGAGUUGUCAACGAAAUCUUAUGAUCACUCUAUCUCUCAUGUCUCAGAUAAAUUAAACGUUGUCAGUGAUUUGAAAAAGUUGAUGGAAUCGACGAAGGUCUUAGGCCCCUCUAGCAAGCCUUAUGGUGCUGACUCGGGCGUCUCACAUCAGCCAUCGUCUCCACAACCCCCUUCUGGUGCUGACUCGGGCGUCUCACACCAGCCAUCGUCUCCACAACCCCCUUCUGGUGCUGACUCGGGCGUCUCACACCAGCCAUCGUCUCCACAAACCCCUCCUGGUGCUGACUGGGACACAUCAGCCAUCACCUCCAUCGUCUCCAACCUCUUCUGGCGCUGA